AUGGGUGCAUGAUGUCGUCGUAAAAAUGGGAAAAGAAAGCUCCUACCAUGCAAGAGAUUCUGCUGCUGAUGAACAUUAAGCAAGGGUAUGAAAUUUGUCAUUAUUCUAUACGUUCUUGUCUUCUUGGCCUAUAUGUUUUCCCUCUUCUUUCAGAUUCUUGAAUUCAAGAAUGAUUCUAUUGACUGAGCUACUAUAAUUGGGCAUGUACAAUCAUCAAUGUGAGGUAUAUUUGGAAGGGAAAGCUUCAUGGUGGUCGCUUAUCCUCUUAUUAUUACAACACUAUAUGGGGCAAUUGCGAUAUUUGGAAUAUAUGUUUGGAGAAAGCAAUUUAACGUCUUUUCUGUAGAGAAGUACUUCUACAUGGUGUUUGUUGCAGUAGGGUUUGAGAAUAUAAAUGGGGUAAUUUCGUCAAUUGCAAUGAAUAAUAAUCUUGUUAUUAUAUUAGGAAUAAUAGGUAUUACUGUGCUGGUCCAUGCUUAUUUUGUAGGGAUUGUCUAUUCUUUCCUGCUCGAAACAGACACUAAAUAUCGAAUCCAGAGAAGGGCUGAUGGAAAGGAGGAAAAGAAUAAAACUCCAGAAGUGACUGAAAUAAUCCUAACAAGGGGGUCUCAAGUGACUAUUAAUUCUGAUUCAAAUCAAGAGUAAAUUUUCAUU